AUGUCGCUGCGCGAGGCUUCCGUCGAUCUGCCCGCUGCGUCCAGAGUGCGUUCCCGCACAGCUGCUACUGCAUCGGCGCCUGCAUCUGCCUCUGCCUCGCUGCGUACGCGCAACCAUGGUCCGAUUCGUCAGGCGUUCAAGAGCGCGUUCAGCCGCUUCGCCGCAGCCCCCGAGGGCUCGGAUGCCCAGGCGAGCAAGAGCACCUUCCUCAAGGAGGCCUCGCUGUACACGUGCUUCUUGCUCGCAGGCUGGGUGGAUGCCACGCCCGGUGCCCUGUUGCCCGCCAUCCGCGAGCACUGGAAUCUGAGCUUCGUGCUCGUAUCCAUGCUCUUUGUCGGCACCUUCGUCGGCUGCAUCAUCGCAGCCGCAUUCGUCUCGCCGCUCAUGGACAGGUUCGGAUUCGGCAAGAUCAUCAGCGUUGCCGCCGCGCUCGGCCUCGUCUUCCCCGUGGUCUUCCUCACCAUGCCGCCCUUCCCAGUGCUCAUCGUCGCCAUGAUGUUCUCCGGCAUGAGUAACUCUUCACUCGAUGCGCUCGUCAACGUGUGGAUCUCGCAGCGCCCAAGGUCGGAUGUCAGGCUCGGUGUCGUGCACUUUCUGUAUGGCCUCGGCGCGCUCUCGUCACCGCUGGCAGCCAUCCCGUUCCUGCACGAGGGCAGAAAGGGCAUCGCGUUCCAGUACUUUUUCUGCGUCAGUCUGGCGCUCGCGCUUGCCGUUCUCACGAUGGUCACUGUAGCAUUCAAGCUGCAGCGCGAUGAACUUGUCGAGGGCCCAGCCCAGCAGCUCGCCACCGACGAAGCGUCGAUCGAGCUGCAGCCUCGCACCGCUACCCAGGCCUCCGACUCCGCCGACGACAAGGACAAGGCCAUUCCGCCCACGCCCGGCUCCAGCUCGCAUGCGCCGCUCGACCUCAUGCCGAUCCCCGCGCCCGUGGAAGACACGCGCUCGGGCAUGUACAAGCUGCGCGCGGUGGUCAAGCAGCAAAAGGUGCAGCUGCUGGCGCUGUUCACCAUGAUCUACGUCGGGUGCGAAGUCACAGUGGGCGGCUGGACCUCGACGUUCCUCAUCGAGGUGCGCAACCAGGAGACGAGCGCCAACGUGCUCGUCUCGGGCUUCUGGGCGGGCAUUGCGUUCGGUCGCAUCCUGCUCAUUCCGCUCACUGCGUGGCUGGGCGACGAACUUGCCAGCCUCAUCUACCUCGUGUGCGCCGUCGGCCUUCAGCUGCUUGUCUGGCUCGUCCCCAACAUCAUCGCCAACGCCGUCGCGCUCGCGCUGCUCGGUAUCUUCCUCGGACCGGCAUUCCCCAUCAUGAUCCGCGUGGCGAGCAAGACCAUUCGUCCGCGCGCGCACCUCACGGCAGCCAUCAGCUUCAUUUCCUCAUUCGCCGCGGCCGGUAUGGCGCUGCUGCCUCUCCUUGUCGGUCUGGCCUCCCAGGCGGCACCGCAGGGAAUCAAGGUUCUGCCGCCCAUCCUCGUCGGCUUGCUCGCCGCCCAGGUCGGCCUCUGGACCCUCACCAACCGCAGCCACUUUAAGCAGCGCUUCUUCAGCCGCGGCGCCGAUGGUGGUGCUGCGGAGCACGACGAGGACAGGCUCGACUGA